AUGGUUUUAUCGCUAACUGAAAAGUCAUAUCUGAUCGACUCACUUAGUUCGACGCCUCCUGUCAGGUCCGAUGGUAGGGCAGCGUAUCAGUUCAGACCAAUUGAAAUAUCCACAGACUUCCUACCGAGCUCCAAUGGAUCUGCUCGUGUAAUUAGCAGUGACGGUAGUGAAUGUGUAGUUAGUAUUAAAUCUAAAGUCAUUAAUUAUACGGUUGAUCCUGAACUAAUUGUUGUGGAUAUAGACAUUACGAGUCAUCGUGACGAUUCUCCGUUUGUAAGGAGUCUUUCCUCUAUGUUUGGUAAUUUGCUUGUAAAAACUUUGAACACAGAUCAACUUUAUUUAACGAAGAAACAUGCGUUCAAGAUCUACAUUGAUGUUUUGGUUUUGUCCAGUAAUUCGUAUCCUGGGUCGUUGAUUUCAUUUUCCAUUUAUUCUGCUUUAAAUUCGACCUUUUUGCCGAAGCUGGUUUCCAGUAAAGACGAUCUGGAUGUUGAAGUGUUGCCUACAUUCCAUGAUUAUGACUUUGUUAAGCUACAGUUCGAUGUGCCUCUUGUGUUUGUAGUAGCGAUUGUUGGUGAUAACGUAAUAGUUGAUCCUUCUGCCGCGGAGACGGAUGUGGCCAGUAAUGGUCUAAUUUUAACAUGGCAUAAUGGUAAGGUAAUGGCGCCAAUCAGGAAUGUAGGCAUGAAUAAUUCUUUUACGAGGGGUUUUAGUAUGGAGCAUGUCACGAAAGCAAUCACCUUUAUAAAUACUUACGCUCCCAGAGUUGUUAAAGCACUUAGUGUGUAG